UUUCGAAGUUUAUUGUACACCGACGCUUUAUGUGAAACAUAUGGUAGAUCUACUAGAAAUUCAGGAAUUUCGAUAAAUGUAAAAGGCCAAAUUUUUUUAUGUGAAGAAAAAAAAAACCGGUCUGAGACGAAAUGCGCACAAUUUCGUCAGAGUCAUUUGUACAAAGUAUUUUUAAAGUACUUCAGAUAAGUGCUCCGGAAUGUUAUUUUAUUACGUGUGUAGAAAAAAUAAGUUUACGGACAAAUAAUAAGUUUGUGAACUGUGUUGUGUGGAACUUUGGAACUGUUAUCACGCAAAUUAGUUCGGAUGACGCGUAUGUGUGACGUCAAAAAGUAAACGACCAAAGAUGAACGACAAAAGUGGAGAGAAGGGAGCAGACAGGCAGACACUGCUUAGGCUCGUUUCUCGUAUUGGAGGGGCGUUAUCUUCGUAUCCGGAAUUUCCUCAUGACUGCAUGCUGAGCUGAGCUGGUAUUCGUUAGUCUCACGAUCGGACUCCGAGCCUUCGAAUCGCCGGUUCGUAGCUCGUUCUACUCUCUUCAGUCUCGUACAAGAUCGCUCAAGAGAUAGACCAUUACCUUUUUUCUUGACUAAAACACGCUUUUCACCACACGUGCUCGUUUGGUUUUCUAUCGGCGGAUAUACUCGCAAUCAUCGGAAACACUUCUGACGAUCGUUUCAAGAACCGACAAGUCACUUCGAGCAAUCGUAAUCUCCGUGGAGUUGCUAGAUCUAAAGAUAACGAAGAGAAACAGUGGAAAAUUAUCAGAAAUUCGUGUAACCUCAAUCAGAGCAAAUUUCUUGCGGAAUAGAAAGUUCCCGAAAGUUCGAGAAAGUGCAGACUCGGCGCAAGUGCGACAGAAAAGUGUGUGCGAGCGUGAUUGACUUCACUGAGUAAGCGUGACCCUGGUUGGCAACCACGUGACUAAAAUAUAUCAGUGAGAAUAUAAAUUAAUUGCGAUUAGCGAGGGAGUGAAGAAAUAAAAAGUGUCAUUGUGGUUUUUUUAUGAAGGAAAUAAACAGAAGAAUUAGAAGGACAGGCAAGAAGGACGAAAUGAAACGGAACAGUUCGCGGAGUUGAAGGACGGAAAUAAAAAAGCAACACAGAAAAAAGUAAAACAAGAAGGAACCAAAAGUGACGGAACAGCGCGGAAAGUUUCACGCGACAGGCGUGUGUGUGAAUGCGUGUCUCGCGUUUACAGCUGAUUUCAACAUGUACGCUCUGAAAGAGCCGGGAUUUCUCGGUCACGACAGCACCCCGUCCACGUCUCAAGUGUGCACCGAAUUCCUGCGGAGUUAUCAUGAGCUCUUGCAACGGUAUAUGGACAUUGGGGAGGAUAUUGGCAUCCCCGAAGAAUUCACAAAAGGCGAAAUGGUAUCAGGAAUAUGGUGGCGGCACUUAGUAUCUGGUAGUAUAGCAGGUACGGUAUCGCGCACCUGCACCGCACCUCUUGAUCGCGUUAAGGUCUACUUGCAGGUCCACGGCACACGACACUGCAAUAUCAUGAGUUGCUUCAGGUACAUGCUGCGUGAGGGUGGCAUACUCAGUCUAUGGCGCGGAAAUGGCAUUAACGUGCUCAAGAUCGCACCGGAGCACGCGCUCAAGUUUAUGUCGUACGAGCAUUUGAAGCAAGUGAUCAAGGCGGGCGACGACGGACACGAGAUUCAAAUGUACGAACGUUUCUGCGCUGGAUCCACGGCCGGCGGAAUUAGCCAGUCAGUCGUCUAUCCCCUCGAGGUGCUGAAAACGAGAUUUGCGUUGCGGAAAACCGGCGAAUUCAACGGUAUUGCUGACGCGGCUAAGAAGAUAUACAAGCAAGGUGGUUUAGUGUCCUUUUACAAAGGCUAUGUACCUAAUUUAAUAGGAAUACUUCCUUACGCUGGCAUCGAACUGACCGUCUACGAAACGUUGAAGAAAAAUUAUCUACGUACGCACAGUAAGACGGUAGAACCGGCAUGGUGGGUCAAGUUGAUGUGUAGCAUCACCGCAACUACGGCGGGUCAGGUCUGUUCGUAUCCGUUGGCACUUGUGCGGACGCGAUUGCAGGCCCAGAUCGGACCUAAUCACUCACCUAAUACCAUGAUAGGCGUUUUCAAAGACAUCCUCAACCGCGAAGGAAUACGCGGUUUGUACCGCGGUCUCACACCCAACUUUCUUAAGGUCGCACCUUCCGCCUCUAUUAGUUACUUAGUGUACGAACAUUUUCGGGAAAUGUUAGGCGUCAAAAUGACGUGAUGAACAUGCAUACUAGGUGACUGACUAAUUCAAUUAAUUAACUUAUUUUCUCUCUUUAUCUUUCUCUGUCUCUCUCAUCUCUUUUUCCCUAUUUCUUCUCUCAACACAGUAAUGAUUAUCGAUAUAAAAAGAUAAGUUCUUGUUUGUCUAUACGAAAGAAGAACUAAGCAACAAAAUAGCGGCGUUUAUUUAUUUAUUAUCCUAAACUAUCGUUUUUCCAAUUAUAAUCGAACGUUUUCUUUCACAGUCAUUUUAAUUUAGUAAGAUUUUUUAGUAUAUAUUUUUUUUAACAUUUUAAUAUUAAUAACUUAAUAAAAAUAACUGCAAAGAAUCAAACGUUUAUAUGUUGUGAUUUUUUUCUCCAGAAAUUCCUAUCGUGUAUUAUUAAUUUUAUUGGGUAAAUUUCGCGCAUCAAACGAAGUAUUAUGUAAUGACUGUUUGUUUUCUUUUUUUGUCCCUAACAAAAUAAAAGUUACCUUGAAUAUCGUUACAAAAAAUAAGAGACAGGCCAGUUCUUUCGAUAAUUUAUUUAGUAUAAAAGUUUGUUUUUGAUAGAAAUGUUUUCUCCUUUAACUGCGGACACAUUGUACAUGUCAUGUUUUUCUUUUUUUACAAAUUCUAUAUAUAGAUUUAUUACCUUAUAUGCGUAUGCAGUAGUCCACGCGUAACCUUUGCAUACAAAGUCCACUUAGUAUUAUCAAUGAUAAGGCCAGUGUUUUGCGCCGAAAAUUCUUCUGGAAGAAUACAAAUAAGAGAUUAUCAAUCAUGCAGUUAAAACGAUGCCGCAGUUAAAAGGGUUAGUCAGUACAAAAUGUUUCUACAUAAUAUUUUACGAGAUGUAUAAGUUUUCCUGUAGAUUUGAUAUGCCAUUUAAAUUUUAUAUUAUAGAAACAUAUAUGUAUAAAUUCAUUAUUUUUUGCAGAAACUAUAUUAUAAUACUUAA